CCUCGCUGACAAAGAGCAAGCCGCUGUUCCAGGAGCCAUGUCGCUGCAAACCCCGCAGCCUUCCGCGGCCACUUCGGAUCUCCUGCUGCCCGCGGUCGGGGACAAACGGUUCUUGCUGGCUUGCGGAAUGAAUGGAGAGAGUUUGGAUCCCCCGUCGGCGGAGGCGGUGGGAGCGGAACAAGAACAGGGGGUGGCCGAGGCGGAAGGAGAGGGGAAGGAAAGCGAGAAAUUGCCUCCCCAUCUGACCGAAACCAGCACCGCUUCUGGGGAUUUGGAAAGAGGACCCAAAAUUGAUAUUUCCCCUUUCAACAGUUUCAUUUCCACUAUCAGCCAGAAACAAGAAGAUGCUGGAAGUUCACCUACACCGUUUGUUAUUGCAGAUAUUAAAAAUGUUAAAGAGCUUCCUCCCCUUGGCCAUGAUGUUAGACAAAAACAGCGCAACUCCAUAGAUACACUUCCAGUAGAAAUGAAAGUUUCUGUUCCUCCAGAAGCUCCUCUUCCCAUCCAAACCAAAACUGUGAAAGACUUUCAAGAGGACAUAGAGACAGCCAGAUUAUCUGGAGACUGGAAAACAGUGUAUGAGUUUUAUUCAACAACAUUUGAUUCUUUUUCAGAAGUCAAUACUGCAUUUAAGAAAUACAGUGAUGCUCCUUUUAAUUCCAUUGAAGACUGCAGAGUUGAUAUUAAAUUUGUGAAUGCUGUGUACGAUUCCUUGCUGAUUACUCCUCAAGAUAUUCAGAAAUGUGUCUUAAAGGGAACAAUAAAUGGUUUAUUACAGGAAUGGAAAGGGUCACGAACAAAAGAUGAUCUUAGAGCGUAUUUUAUACUAAUACAGAAUCCUCUGUUUAGUAAUGCAUCAACAUAUGUCAUUUAUGCUCACCUGCUAAGACAGAUUGCUGCCUUAACAGAAGGCGAUCAUCACGUCCUCGUUCACUGGUUUAAAAAGCUGUCACAGAAGAGAUUAAAGAUGAUAAUAGAAAGACUGCUUCAGUUUAUUUCUUUACGCCUGUUCCCUGCAAAACCUGAAGAGUUGCCUCCUGUGGAGAAGUGUAACUGGUGGAUUUCAUCAGCAACCAAAGUCUUGUCUUUAUUUAAUGCUGCGAAUAGUCUAGCAAAUCCUCCUAUUAUUCCAUAUACAGAUUUCUAUAAUUCUACACUGGAUCAUAUUGAUCUUAUGGAAGAAUAUCACAAUUGGCAAUGUUAUGGGAACUCUCAGAGGUUUUCCUUCUGUCAAUAUCCAUUCAUUAUUUCUAUAGCAGCAAAAAAAGUUAUUAUUCAAAGGGACUCAGAACAGCAAAUGAUAAAUAUUGCACGGCAAAGCCUUGUGGAUAAAGUCUCUCGGAGGCAGAGGCCUGAUAUGAACAUGUUGUUCCUAAAUGUGAAAGUGAGAAGAAUGCAUCUAGUUAGUGAUUCUUUGGAUGAGCUGACAAGGAAGAGGGAAGAUUUGAAAAAAAAAUUAAAAGUUACUUUUGUAGGAGAGGCUGGUCUUGACAUGGGUGGCCUAACCAAAGAAUGGUUUCUGCUUCUAAUUCGACAGAUUUUUCAUCCAGACUAUGGCAUGUUUACGUAUCACAAGGAUUCCCAUUGUCAUUGGUUUAGUAGCUUAAACUGUGAUAAUUAUUCUGAAUUCCGAUUGGUUGGAGCUCUAAUGGGACUAGCAGUCUACAACAGCAUCACACUGGAUAUUCGAUUUCCACCAUGCUGCUAUAAAAAACUGCUCAGUCCGCCCAUUGUACCUGGUGACCAGAAUACACCUGUAGGGAUUGGUAGUGUUACAAUAGAUGACCUAUGCCAGGUUAUGCCGGAGCUGGCUCAUGGACUAAAGGAACUUCUGGCAUAUGAAGGGAAUGUUGAAGAAGAUUUUUAUUCAACCUUUCAGGUUUUUCAAGAAGAAUUUGGAGUCAUCAAGAGUUACAACCUAAAGCCUGGUGGUGAUAAAAUCCCAGUUACCAAUCAAAAUAGAAAAGAGUAUGUGCAGCUUUAUGUAGACUUCCUUCUCAACAAAUCAAUCUACAAACAGUUUGCAGCAUUUUAUUAUGGAUUUCACAGUGUCUGUGCUUCAUAUGCAUUACUGCUGCUUCGCCCUGAAGAGGUUGAAAUUCUAGUUUGUGGGAGUCCUGAAUUAGAUAUGAAUGCCCUCCAGAAACACACUCAGUACGACGGCUACCAGAAGACUGAUGUUACUAUCCGAUACUUCUGGGAGGUGGUACUUGAAUUUCCUCUUGAACUUCAAAAAAAGCUUCUACAUUUUGCUACAGGAAGUGAUAGAGUACCUGUGGGAGGAAUGGCUGAUUUGAAUUUCAAGAUUUCAAAGAGUGAAGCAUCCACAGACUGGUUACCCGUUGCUCACACAUGCUUUAAUCAGCUCUGCCUGCCUCCUUACAAGACCAAAAAGGAAUUGAAGGAAAAAUUAACCAUUGGAAUUUCAAAUGCAGAGGGCUUUGGUUUAGAAUAAGAAGACUUGAAAAGUGCAGCACAUGUAGCACUCGCUCUCCUCUCAUUGUGCCUUUAAAGUUCUUCAAAUUCCUGUCUCUUGAUAGUGUGGUAGUCUGUGACAGAACUGUGUAGUAAUUUUUGUGUUUUUAAAAAGAAAAAUACAUUCUUUUUUCUGUAUUGAAAUGUUCUUACAACUUUCUUACAGCAAAAACAGCUUUGUAUAAUAUUCAAGGUAAUAUACAGAGUGUGUGUGACAAGAACAGCCACUACCUUCUGAGGGAAUGGCUGGUUAAUGGAUCCAGCCCAUCAUCUUGGUUGCCCAGACUAUAAAGGCAAGAGGUUCAGAGAACUUUACUAUUAAUCCUCGCUGCUGCAAAUCAUGCUCUAUCUGGAAAUUGUGACAUAUAUAUAAUAUAUUUCUUGAUUACUUAAACCCAGUGUUGGAUUGUUCUUCAGUCAGCACUCACACUACAGCAAAGUUAUAACUACCAUUAGACCUGAGACAUGUGGAUGUUUCUCGUGUUGAGGCAAAAAAUAGUUCCGAUGAAAUAUACAGUGUAAAUACUCUGGUUUUCAUUCUGAAAAUGAAUUUAGUUGUUUUAAAAGCAUGUAAAUAACUGCCUGUGGAGCAAUAUGAUUUUGAUAGUGCCAUUUACAGCUAAAGAUUUAUUUUUACAAAUUAUUGAGUUUCAGAUGUUAUAUAUUCAGCUUUUGAAAAGAUGAACAGAGUAUAAUUGUACAGGAAUAUAAAAGCUGCUAUUUUAAAUUAAUCUAUUCAUGGACAGACUUUAAGUAUUAAAUAGUGUGCAUGUUUAUGAUAUCAAAGUGGUUUGGCUGUUGUACUUUUGUAACUGUAGUUUAAAAGAAAAAAAUCAAUGUGCAUUGAUAGACCUGAAUUUGUAUACUCAAUGAACAAGUCACCUCUCAGCACAAUGAGAAGUGUAAUUUUUGAUAUUUUUAAAUUAUGCAUCUUUUAAUUAGAAACUUGAUACGAUAAGUCUUUUACACAUCGUUUAAAAUAAAUUAAGCUUUUAUAUAAAAUUGAAUGUUACAAAAUCA